AUGGGCGAUGAGAGCCUUUAUGCUGUCGGACCCUGCGAAUGGGAUUGGGACAUUGAAGUUUGCUACAACAAAAACCAAGGCGUUUCCUGUUACGAGUUUUUCCGCGACUGUCCCACCGAUCGCUGCAGCUAUGAUGACAACACGGCAACGGCCUGCACAGAGAUGUAUGACCAAUCUGAUUGCACCGCCUCCUCCACGGGCUGCACUUGGUACCCCACCGACGAGCUCUGCUGGCCUUCGGACUUGGAUCUUCCCUGCCAUCUUGUCAGCGAUUGGGAGCAAUGUCCAACUGACCGCUGCCACCUAGUCAAUACGUCGGAAUUUGGCGGAGUUUGUCUCAAUAUCAACGAACCUGUAUGGUGUGAUAACUUCGGGGACGAGUCAUAUUGUCCCUCUGACCAUUGCUCUUGGGACUCUGCGCUUACGCGCUGCUACAACUCAAAAUUGGGGGUUGAAUGUGGCGAUUACUUUGACAUCUCAACUUGCCCCGCCGAUCACUGCAAGGUCGAGAACAAUGCCUGUGUGGAUAAGGACGAGCCCAUUGACUGCUCUUCCUUCUAUUUCAACUCGGCGGACUGCAGCCCCGUCAACGGAUGCUUCCGCAACUGCUCCAGCUCCCUUUGCCUGCGCUGUGAUUCAGAGACCUCCUGCUCCAACGUGACCUGUCCCGCCGCCCCCACCGCAGACCCCGGCAGUGCCUGCGCUGAUCUGGUCGACGAGGCUGCCUGUGUUGGCGAUUCCGACUGCCAAUGGUUUUCUACCGUCCAUGCUUGUGCCGUACGGUCUCCUCGUUGCAAACACCGCCCGCCGUCCUAA